UUUACAUUGGAAAUGCAUUGGCCACGAUAUACACCACUACAGCCUCAAAUAUCUCUCAGCAGGAUCACUGAAGAGAGAAGAAAUCAGAGAGGACCUGAACGUGUUACCAUGGUGACCACUCACACACACAUCACCCUGUCACUCCUGCUGUUCCACAUUCUCCCGGCCACAACGACUCAGGUUGAUGACCUCAUCGAUGACGUCAUUGUCGCCACGAACCGUGGCAGAGUCCGGGGCACUCGGCUUCCCGUGCCAGGUGGUGGAUAUGUCAGGGCAUUCCUGGGAAUUCCAUAUGGGAACCCCCCCAUUGGGGAACUGCGUUUUCGCCCUCCUCAGCCUGCAGAUGGAUGGACAGGGGUACUACACGCCACACGCUACCCCAACUCCUGCCUCCAACCCCAGGAUACAUUAUUUCCUGGGUUCCGUGGAGCUGAGAUGUGGAACCCCAACACCAAGAUGAGUGAAGACUGUCUCUACCUCAACAUAUGGACUCCUCCCCCUUUGUUUAAGACACAUCCUAAACGUCCCAAGAGCUCCCCCCCUGGUUCCUCAUUGGCUCCUGUCAUGGUGUGGAUAUAUGGGGGCGGGUUCACUACAGGCACCGCAUCCCUAGACCUGUAUGAUGGACAAUUCCUUAGCCAAUCAGAAGGCGUCGUAGUGGUGUCUAUGAACUACAGGCUCGGCCCAUUGGGUUUCCUGUCUCUUCCUGAGAGCGAGGGUGUCCGUGGUAACGCUGGAAUGCUGGACCAGCGCUUGGCUCUGUACUGGGUAGCCAAUAACAUCGCUGCCUUCGGCGGCGACCCUUCAAAGGUGACGUUGUUUGGGGAGAGUGCGGGCUCUGCGUCUGUGGGUCUCCAUCUCCUCUCCCCUGGCAGCCAUGGUCUGUUCAACAGGGCAAUACUACAGAGUGGUUCCCCUAACACUCCAUGGGCUGUCAUAACUCAACAGCAGGCCUGGAACAGGUCCCUGUCCCUAGGUAGGCUGCUGGGUUGUCCCCUGGCACCUCUGGCUGUCCUGGAGCAGUGUCUACAGAGAGCCCAUCCAGAGGAUAUCAUCAAGCAGCAGUACAGCGUCCUCUCUCUCCCCACACUCCUAGCAUUACCAUUCCCCCCCUCUGUCGACCACAACUUCCUACCAGACAUGCCAGAGGUUCUGCUCCGGACGGGACACUUCCUGAAGACAGAGGUGCUGAUUGGUUUGAACCAAGAUGAGGGGACCUACUUCCUGGUUUACGGGGCGCCAGGAUAUGACAUCACUAGCCAGAGCCUGAUCAGCAGGGAGAACUUCCUUAAAGGGGUGGACCUAGUGUUGCCGGGAUUCAGUGAUGUCACGAGGGAGACCGCCAUCUUCCAGUACACUGAUUGGUCGGAUGAGAAUAGUGGGAUGAAGAAUCGUGAUUUGCUUGGGCGAAUGUUGGGAGACCGUGAUUUUAACUGCCCUGUGCUGGAGUUUGCCCAGAGGUACACAGAACAUGGAGGUAAAGCCCGACUCUUCCUGUUUGAUCACCACUCCUCCACCAAUCCCUGGCCAGCAUGGAUGGGCGUGAUGCACGGCUAUGAGAUUGAGUUUGUCUUUGGAAUGCCACUGAACAGAACCCUGGGAUACCUGGAGGAGGAAGUGGUCAUGAGCAGGAGGAUGAUGAAGUACUGGGCCAACAUGGCUAGGACCGGGAACCCAAGCAUAGAGGAAGGGGAUUGGCCACUUUUCACCGUGGACCAACAGGAAUACAUCACCCUAAACUCAUCACCUCCACACACACAAAAGAGGCUCGCAGCUCAUCAAUGCCAGUUCUGGAACAACUUCCUCCCCAAACUGCAGGACAUCACUGGUUGCUAGGUGAUGAGUGUUCUUUAGGUCUGGUAACGUGACAAGUGAGCGUAGAUGAGUUAGAACAGCAGUGGAGGAAUCACUUCCAUCGUUGGAUGUCCUACAUGUUGGAGUGGAAGAAUUACUACUCUGACCACAGCCUGAGCAGCCCAGAGGGUCAGAAGCAGCAGGACUGUGACCAGAGGCCCUUGGAGCCCUAGACCUUCGACUGGACCCCUCAACCCAUCAAGACUAACUUAAAAAUUAUACUUUGCUUUUCAAUGAGACAAUACAUUGUGUCGGGAAAGAAAAUUUCACAACCAUCAUUUGUUUCUGAUUGUAAUGCCAGGUAUUUUCACUGAUCACUGCUAUAUCUGUUUGUACUUUGGUAUUUCUUCUUGUCCUUUCAAUUGAACCUGUGUCUUGCUUUGUGUAUCUGACGAUGUUAUGUUUCUGUGUGUUUGGUGGGGUAAAGUAAUGGGUGACAUGUUUCUGUGUGUUUGGUGGGGUAAAGUAACAUGAGAGAUGAUUCUGUGUGCAGGAGAGAUGUAUGGUGGGGUAAGGUAACAGGAGAGAUGUUUGAUGGAGUAAGGUAAUAGGAGAGUAAACACAGUAACAAUGCAAAGGUCACAUAGUUUUGACUUAAAGAUAAUCUAUAGGAAAUAAACUAUUCUGAUUGGAUUAUCUUUUAUAUGACAAAUGACACUCCUUUGAUGCAAGAUUCAUUGUGUGUGUGUGUGUGUGUGUGUGUGUGUGUGUGUGUGUGUGUGUGUGUGUGUGUGUGUGCGUGUCUACGUAUGUGUGAGUGUUUGUGCGUGUGUACCGUAUGUUCACUGUUUAUUUACUGUGUCUGUGGGUAUAUUCAUGUCGAUUUAAACAAAUCAUUUCUUCAUACAGAACUAUGCAUUCUAUUUGGUGGGGAUAACGCCGACUGCUCUGAGUGGGACAUUAAUUGAUAUAUUCAUCUCUUUUACUUGUUAUGUAUAUAUUUUUCUGUGACAGAUGUUCUGAGAUCCUUAAAAGCCAUAGCCUUUUAUUUGGGCCAUAACCAGUCUGAAUCGUUCCUCAAAAACCUGCACGUAUGCGCACACACACACGCACGCACGCACACACACACACGGACUCGGUGUAAGAUGGCUGCCGGCUCCCACCUCAGACUGCGUGUAGAGGGUGAAGAUAGGAAGACGAGACCGUUGGCAUUACCCGUGUCAUCAGUGUGCCCUCGUUUAUGAAAACAUUUGUCAUUUUCCAAAGAGAGAGAGUACAUUGUCUGUGGUGGCAGUCAUGCAUUAUGGAUCCUUGCAUAGAGAGAGAGAGACUAUAAGUGAGUUGUCUGGGUGAUACAGAAGGAGAGUUUAUAAGUAGGUUUGUGUGAUGGCACAUGAGCAGUGUAGAUGAAGGACCUCUUAUUGGCUUUGGUUUUGCUUUCUUCUUUAGUUUGAUUGCCUUUGAGGUGUAAAACUUGUGUAUUAUUAACUUUAAAUAAAGUUUGAGUUGAUUUGAUCUGUU